CCCCGCCCCCUCAGGCCUGCCGGAAGGUAUCAUUCUCCACCGCCAUCUUAGUAGGGACGUGCCGAGCGCCGGACCGAAGGCCGGCGGCCUCCAUCUUUGUGAGGGGCGGCGGACCGGCGCAGGCUCUGAUGCAGGAGAAGAAGAGGAGGAGCGUGGGCGAUGGCGCGGGGCCGCGGCUGAGCUUGGCCGUGGUCGUGGCCGUGGCGGCGGCCGUGGCGGGCGGCGGCCUGGCUGCUGGGUGGCCGGACAGCCCCAGCGAGGCCCAGGAUGCUCCGCGCCUCCGAGCUGGCCCAGUACCGCGGGGGCGCAGCCGAGCCCGGUCUCUACCUGGCACUGCUGGGCCGUGUGUUCGACGUGGCGGCCGGGCGGGCUCACUACGCGCGUGGCCGCGCCUACGGUGGCCUGGCAGGUCGAGAUGCCUCUCGAGCUUUUGUGACCGGGGACUUCUCGGAGAAGGAACUGAGUGAUGAUGUGUCAGACUUUUCUCCUUCACAGAUGCUCAUCCUGCAGGACUGGCUGCAGUUCUAUGAGAAGAACUAUGUGUCCGUAGGAAAGCUGAUCGGAAGGUUCUACGAGGAGAAUGGAGACCCCACUCCUGCGCUCCUCCUGGCUGAGGCCACCAUGGCCCAGGGAGUCUCGGCCAGGGCGACAGAAAACCAGCAGAGGCAGCAGUUCCCGGCGUGUAACUCAGAGUGGAGUUCAGGCAGCCCGGGCCGGUUCUGGUGCUCCCAGCAGAGUGGAGGCGUGAGCAGGGACUGGACAGGGGUCCCUAGGAAGCUGUAUGAGCCCGGAGGGAAGAAGCCACGAUGUGUGUGCGUGAGAACCACCGGCCCCCCCACCAGCCAGACGAGCUCCAGUGGCCAUGGCGACCGUGGAGACUUGGACAACCCGACCCUGCAGGAGUAUGCAGGCUGCCCCCCGCUGGCCAGCAGCUGCCUCUUGCAAGACUGAGGCCUUGGGACAUUGUCAGGAAGGCCCACCCAGAGGAAGGGGUCCCUGAGUUCUGGGAGGGAAGAAAAGGAGGAAGGGAGAGAAGGGGAGAGGGAGAAAGGAAGGAGGGAGGGAGGGAAG